UAUUAUUAUUAUUAUUAUUAUUAUUAUUAUUAUUAUUAUUAUCAUCUGUUUUUGCUGUCUUUAUAAAACGUAUUUAAAAAACAGAAAGCGUAUAAUUCAAGGUAAACUAAUCCGAUCCGGAGCAAUUUGACUUUUGUUACUACUUGCUGUUGUAGAGUACUGUCAAAUUGCAGCAUUAUUGAACUUACAUUAAUUGUCCUAAUGCAAAUGGACAGAGACAAAGCGUUAGGAGAAACAGCUCGUAGGAUCCUGGCUGUUGAAUCCACAAUCAGAGUCGCACUAGACGUUCGGACUGUUUCAACGGUUCAUUGAACCCCCCUCGGUUCUGACGGACAGGGCCGGUCUUCUUCUGUGGUGUCACAGUUGUACAUACUGAAGCAUGUCUGUCGGUGAGAGCUCACUCCCGGAGAGCAUCAACCCUAUUAACUUCCCCGCCAAGCUGUGGCGUCUGGUGAACAACCCGGCCUACGAAGCCAUCUGCUGGGACAGCCUCGGCGAGGUGCUCAUCAUCAAUCAGCGGCUCUUCGAGAAGCAGGUCCUGUCGCCCCCCUCCAGCUCCACCUCGGACAACCGCGACGCCUUCAAAACCAGCAACUUCACCAGCUUUGUCCGUCAGCUCAACCUGUACGGCUUCAGGAAAGGCGAUCCGCCUGUCAAAAACUGCCCUUAUCCCACCAGGGUCACUGGGACCUGUCAUUAUUUCUACAACCCGAACUUCAAGCGAAACCACCCGGAACUUGUUGCGACUCUGAGGAGACUCACUGCCGACAACAAGGCCAAGCUCAAGGCUGGACUGGAUGUGGCAUGUCGGCCUCCGGGUCAGUACCAGAAACAUGUGAAAAAAGUCACUUCACCACUUGGCCCCACACAACAGGAGUCCGCUCUUCUCUAUCCAGACAAAGCUCGGACCAGGACCGCACUCAACGGCACCCCAGCCCCGCCACGAUGCCGGAGAAGGGCCCGUGUUCAUGGCGCACCUCUGUCAGACGUACCAGUAUCUCUAAGCCCCUACUACACAGCAGUGGCCCCGAGGCCAGCUGCCAUGCACGUCCUGCAGGAUCAGAUGGCCUACGCACACCAUGCGAGUUUUCAUGCUUGUACUGCACAGUAUCCGCCUGGCUUCUAUUCCCAAUAUGUGCCAUGCUACUAUCCAAACUUUGUGGCAUCUCAUAUGACAGAGAUUGGGCUUCAGACAGGACCAUUCUCCCCCCAUGGUUAUUACCUGAUUCCGGAUGAAGUGAUGCCAGCGCAAACCGGUAACGGCUUUGUUGUGAGCCCAGAGAAGACCGUACCUGUGUCUGACCAGUCCUCCUGCAACCAGUUGUUGUUGUUGUGAAAUCAAUCAAUUUAAGUUUCAUAUUUUGCUUCUCUAUAGAUUCUUAUUGUACUUUGGUACAUUUUUAGUCUUUUGGUGUAAAAAGCUAGAUUUUACCUACAUGUUUACACAGUCCUAUCUUGUAAGUCGCUUUGGACAAAAGCAUCAGCAAAAUGUGUUGUAAUCUUAAGUGUUUUACUAAUUUGUGAUGUUUUGAAAGAGCUGUAAUUUUAAAAUAUUAAUAUAUAUUUUUGCAGGGAGCCUACUUUAACUCACCUCCCCAUUUUAAUAUGCACAUUUUUUUUACUUACAUUUCAAUAACAUAUCCUGUUUGUAAUAAGUUGUAACAAACUUCUGAAGUGGGGUAUACAUGAAUAACUGAAUGGCAUUGUUAUUAUGUCAUCUACCAGUGAUUGUUUGCUUUGCAGUAGUGACGAAAUUUUUGUGGUAUUUCCCCCACCUCAUUAUAUACACAUUAUCUUUUCGUAGCUGCAGUGUUUGUAAACAUGUAAUCCGUGUGUUUUGAUGGCACAUGUGUAAAUGCAUUGUUAUUGAACAUAAAUAUAUAUUUGAGAUAA